AUGUCUUCUCCCUGGGAGCUUCUUGAAUACAUUCGGCGCACGCUGAUUGUCUUAUUGGGUCGCAACUUCUUCAACUUUGUCCACAUACUUGCAAUCCGGCGUGAUCGACAACUCGCCCUCAGCACCUAUGGUGCUUCUGUGGAAGAAUUGCACAUACCGACCAGCGAUGAGAAAGACCGAAACAGAAAGAUAAAAGUGCAUCUCUACACACCACCAUCGGGACCAGCUUCUCCAGGUUCACAAAAACCGGUAGUAGUCAACCUGCACGGCUCUGGAUGGACCAUUCCCUUCCACGGAAGCGACCUCGCCUUCUGCGCACGCAUAGCAAAAGAGGUGGAUGCCUACGUGAUUGAUGCGGACUACAGAAAAGCGCCUGAGAACCCAUUUCCCGCGGCGCUGGAAGACGUCAAAGAUGUGCUGGACUGGGUAGCCUCGCAACCAGAGCGCUUCGACGCGUCUCGCGUUGCCGUCUCGGGAGCGAGCGCUGGCGGUAGUCUCGCACUCAUUGCGUCUUCUACAUUGCGCAAAUCGCUAAAGGUCGAUGUCAAAGCUGUCAUUGCGCACUACCCUGUCACAGAUCUUAGUCUCAAGGCUGAGGACAGAAUCAUACCGAAGCCGGUCAAUCCGCUGCCGCCGCCGAUCCUGGAGCUGUUUUACAGCAACUACGUGGGGACGGAUGUUGCAAUGCGGAAGGAUCCUCGAGUGUCUCCCAUGUAUGCCAAAAUUGACGACUAUCCCGCUACUGUGGUGAUUGUUGCCUGUGGAGGUGACACUUUGUCAGUCGAAGCGAAGAGGUUGGCGGACAAAAUAGAUGAUGGGAAGAGGAAGGUUGUGAGGUGUAUGUUAGAAGACAUGAACCAUGGCUACGAUGUGGGUGCUAAGCCUGGAACGAAGGAGUGGGAGAGUCGUGAGAAGGCGCACGCGCUGUCGAUAGAGGCGUUAAAGGAGAGCUUCGAAAGGGACUGA